UUCCCGGUCGGGACGGUUUGAUAGUCGCGGAACACAGCAGGCUGUGCGGUGAGAGUAUGAAGUGAGUGAUCCGUGGUACGUCAGCCUCUUUACAACAUUACAGAAAUUUGGAAUAUUCGCUUUGUAAUACAGAAGGUCAUAAUUCAUGGUUUGAAAACAGGAAAGAAGGCUCAUAACUAUCAGUAUGGACGCCCUCAGACGGCCUGCCGUGCUUGAUGAUGUGGUUCAGUAUCAGUUAUUUUUAGCUACACCUGAUUCCUCUAAGCCCCGUACCCGCAACACAGAGUAUCUGCAGCAAUUGGUACAGAAGAUCCUCGCAGAGUUUGCCCCUCUCCUAGUUCAAUACAUUUGGCAACAGGAACCCUUCAAUAUCAACUACUAUCCAGAAAAAGGAGGUGUUCCUGCCUAUAUUGGAGGUUCCACUAAGUAUGGAGAUAACGUAGAGGAUGAGUGGUUCAUUGUAUACCUUCUUCAACAGAUCACGCUUGCAUUUCCUGAACUUGCUGCCAGAGUUCAGGACAACGACGGGGAGUUCCUCCUUAUUGAAGCUGCAAAUUACCUUCCUAAAUGGCUGAAUCCAGAGAGCAGUGAAAAUAGGGUAUUCUUUUACCGAGGGGAACUGCACAUCCUGCCUGUACCUUCCCAAGCUGGGGACAUGGGCUGGCCAAAGCAUAUGGUCCCCAGCGAGGAGGAAGCCUUGGCCUUCCUUGUUACACACAGAGAAGCCUGCUUGGCAAGCAGCAGAAUCCGCUCUGCAGUUAGGAAAAAGAUUGAAGGGUACCCUGAGAAGAUCCGCAACAAUUUGCAUCGUGCUCACUGUUUUGUCCCAGCUGGGGUAGCUGCCGUUCUGGCCAGACGGCCGGACCUCAUCGCCCCCGCAGUGUCUGCCUUUUACUUGCGAGACCCUCUGGACCUCCGCGCCUGCCGCACUUUCCGCACCUUUCCACCAGAAACCAGAGUCCUCACCUCAGUGCUCUUCACGCGGUGUCUGUACGCUCAACUUCAACAGCAGCACUUCACCCCAGACCGACACAGCCGCUUCAUUCUUCCCCUCCGCUCGCAGCCGCAUUACCGCGCCCACGAGCUGGGCAUGAAGCUGGCCCAUGGUUUCGAGAUCUUGUGCUCGAAGUGUAGCGGGCCAUCCUCGGAGCAAGACGUCCCUGUCAGUGGUAAUCCCCUCUGGAAGGGAUUUAUUGAAAGUCUAGAGAAGAGCGGCUACUUCAGAGGAGAGUUGGAGGGUUCUGCCCACCAUAAAGAACUAAUGUCGCAGGCGGAGUCUUUCUUCAAGCAAUCCGUCACCCCUCCACACAGGUCCCCUGGGGAAGAAGUUCUACAAGUUCUACAAAGCUCCCCAUAUAGUAUAGAAGAGAUGAAGGAACAGGAAGCCAAUUUACCUCCUGAGGACAGUGAUAGCUGGCUCGACAUCUCACCCCAGGAACUGGAUCGUCUUCUAGAAGAGACGACAGGUUUUGGUACCAGACAGUCAAACUUGGGUCAGGACAACAAGCAGGAGGGAGCAAAGUAUGACGAGGCGAGCUACAGCCUGGUAGCAGUGACACAGGGCGUGAAGAACUUCAUCAAGACAGUGUCAUCACACGAGGGAGCCGAAUUUCCCUGGUCCCAUUCACAUGAGCCCUUCAGUUUCGAUCCCAGCUCCAUGGCCAACACUUUGGAAAAACUCCUUGGAGGAAACGCUGAAGAGUUGGAUUCAGAUGAUCUGGAAGAUGACAGCAUCGAUGAUGAUGAUGAUGAUGAUGAUGAUGAUGACGAGGUAAAUGAAGGUACUGCGGUACCUGAGGGAAGAAGUGCAAAACUUGGAGGGGAGACAGGAGCUGAAGAUUUGGGCAGCCUUAGGAGAUAUAUGGAAGAGAUGGACCACGAACUGAAGGAUACAAACAUCGGACAAAGCUUCUGCAAGGCUCAGGCCAUGGACAAAUCGGGUGUUGCCGAAGCAUUCGCACCAGAAGAGGAUGAGAUCCAGCCUCUGAAUGUAGACCUGAACCUGGUGGCUAAUCUCCUGGAGUCCCUCAGCUCCCAGGCGGGAUUGGCAGGGCCUGCUUCCAGUCUCCUGCAGAGCAUGGGUGUCCACCUGCCACCAAACGCUGACCAACCCUGAGCCCAAGACGUCAGACCCCCUCAACAAAUGGCUGUGGUAGCAGCAGCGUGAAAAACUGUUGUCAGAUUGAAAUUAAGUAACUCUGACAUCUUUAUUCGUAAUCAUCAUUUUUCCACAUAUGAAUGAGAUUCCUUUUUUUAGUCCUAUUAUUAUCUUAAAUGAUAUGGAUGCUCACGAAAAUAACAUUCUUUGAAUAUUAUACAUUUUGAAAUAAACUUAUUUUGUAAAGAUG